AGGCCCAAAAUUUUGAGUUGGCAAAACUCAUCUUUCUACCCAAUAUUUUCCCCAUGUUACCAUAUGAAUGGAUUUGUAUGGUGAUUAGUGACCUGUCUUAAGAGGAUCUACAAAUUUCAAAUCUAGGAUCCAAAGGCAUUUUCUAAAAUAAUUUAGCCCUAGCUUUGUGAAGUGUGCCCAUACCCCUACCCCCUACCCCACCCCCACCCACCCCCCACAUUCCACUAAUUCCUUUGUGAAAGUGAAGCAAGAGAAGAAACUUAGCUGCCAUCCCAAUGUGUCCUAAUCAUGAAUUCUUGAGAGAGAAAGAGGAAGAGAGAGAGACACCAAAGAAGGCGAUCAAUCAGAUGUCACUGGACGUUUAUAUACAACUUUCCUUAUUGCCUAUAUCUAUGGUUUUAAGUAAUCCCUCCUUUCUCACACUCAGCAAUUCGCACUUCUCCCCCAACUACUAAAACAAGAAAUCACACUAAACUUGUUUCUUUCCCCAACUCGCCCAAUUUCUUCGUCUCAAACAAACUCCCACCCAUGGGGGAUGACGCGGAGGCCGGCCGGAGCGCCCAAGGCAAAGGUGGAUUCAAAGCCACCUCUUUCAUAUAUGCUCUGGCGGCAUUGGAGAAUAUGGGAGUGGUGGCGAACAUGGUGAGCUUGGUGCUCUACUUCUCUUACAAGAUGUAUUUCGAUCUGUCCACGUCAGCAAACACUCUGACAAACCUCAUGGGAUCGACUUACCUGCUCUCCAUCGUCGGCGGCUUCAUCUCCGACACUUACCUCAACAGGUUCCUCACCUGCGUCAUUUUCGGCACGCUUGAAGUCCUCGCUCUAUCGAUGAUGACAAUUCAAGCCCACAGUGACAGUUUGCUGCCCAAGCCUUGUGGCAAGUCGAGCUGCGUCCAAGGUGGCGUCGCCGUCUAUUUCUACGCGACCUUGUGCUUGCUCGCGCUGGGCGUCGGCGGGGUCAAAGGCGCCCUUCCCGCCCUCGGCGCCGACCAAUUUGACUCCAAGAAUCCCAAGGAAGCCAAGUCACUCGCCAGCUACUUCAACUGGCUCUUGCUCAGCUCCGUCGCCGGCUCCUCUGUUGGCGUUACUUUCGUCGUCUAUGUCUCCACCAAUAAGAACAACCAAAACUGGUGGAAGGGUUUCCUCAUCACCGCCGUCGCUGCAUUCCUCGGCUACGUCUUUCUUCUCAUCGGGAAACCUUUUUACCGCCUUCACCUCCCCAGGGAUAGCCCUCUUACCAGACUCACACAGGUUGUAGUUGUCGCCGUCAAAAAUAGCCGAUUAUCUCUUCCCGAUAGUCCUAACGAGUUAUACGAAAUCAACGAAAAGGAUUCUGAAACAAGUGCACCCAAAAUUGCACAUACCCAAGAAUUCAGGUGGUUAGACAAAGCAGCAAUCGUGGGCGCAAACACAGAGCCGUCAGCGUGGAAAGUGUGCACGGUGACGCAAGUGGAGGAAGUGAAAAUCAUAGCAAGAAUGGUGCCAAUCAUAGGCAGCACCAUAAUCUUGAACACAUGCAUGGCGCAGCUGCAAACCUUCUCGGUGCAGCAAGGAUACCGCAUGGAUGCGCAUCUGGGUUCGUUCCAAGUCCCCGCGGCGUCCAUCCCGGUCAUCCCGCUCCUCUUCAUGAUCAUCCUCAUCCCCGUCUACGACCGCCUCUUCGUCCCCUUCGCCCGCGGCCUCACCAACCACCCCUCCGGCAUCACGCAGCUGCAGCGGGUCGGCGUGGGCCUCGUGCUCUCCGCCGUCUCCAUGGGCGUGGCGGCGCUCGUGGAGGUCAAGCGGAAGAAUCAGUCCCUCAAGAAUCCGAUGCAGCCCAUCAGCCUCUUCUGGCUGGCCUUCCAGUACGGCAUCUUCGGCAUCGCCGACAUGUUCACGCUGGUCGGCUCGCUGGAGUUCUUCUACAAGGAGGCGCCCGCCGGGAUGAGGUCGCUCUCCACCUCCUUCACAUGGAUCUCGCAGUCGUUUGGGUAUUUCUUGAGCAGCGUGUUCGUGGACACCAUCAACUCGGUCACACGCCGCGUCGCGCCCAGCCGCCAGGGAUGGUUGCAAGGCCAGGACUUGGACAGGAACAAUUUGAAUCUCUUCUACUGGUUUCUGGCGAUCUUGAGCGCCCUCAACUUCUUCAACUACCUGUUUUGGGCGACGCGCUACACAUACAAAAGCGAUGAUCAAGAGAAUUCGGAUAGCUCAGAGGAGCACCGCUCCGAGGUGCCGUUCCUCAAAGAGGAGGAGCAAGCGUCCAAGGCGCUGGAGGAACGAAACGGGAAAUGGUGAUGGAGAUUGCAUGAUUUCAUGGCAUGGAACUUAAUGGCAUAUAUGGUUUGAAGAUUUAUAUAUAUGUAUACUUCUUGUUCUAUUUUCUUUAUAUUUUUGUCAAUCAGGUUUAAUGUGUGUGGUUUUUGAUCGUUUUCAGUGAUGAUUCUUGAGUAUAUAUUGAUGGGUUUCAUGCAUAGGUUUGCCCACGAUACAUACUGUAAAAAGGCUUUCAAGGGUAUGAAGAUAACUUGUUAUUUUCAAGAUUAAUGUAAAUGAAAUGGAUUUUGUGUUUUCAA